CUUCACCAUCAUUAGCUGGCUAUUGCCAUUGUCCGCCAUAAGACGCUCCAAAUCCCAACUGCACGUGAAUGCCAGACUCGCCCCUGGCGGACCACGUGAGUCCCUUCCCCUGCGCCGCCCCAGUGAUAAGGGCUCUCCCACCCAGCGUCGCCCGCAUGGCACUGACACUCCUCUGCCCGUGUGUGCGUGCGAAUUCCGGACGCGACUGGGCCAGAGCGCCUCGGGAGCGACAGAGAGAGCGUCCGGGGCGAGCGAGAGGAGCGACUGUGGCAGUGGAAGGGAGGUCAAUUGAGUCGUCAUGCCAACUUCUACCCCUAAACUUCUUAAAUAUUUAUUUGCCGAUUUGUGGCAGGCGAAGUUCAGUCAGUGGUUGUUGGUUCACGACGAAAGAUCACCCCAGAAGCUAUAUAGUUAUCCAGAUCCGCGCUCGCGUCACGGUGCUAUAAAGUGGACAAAGUGCAAGGAGUUGAAUUGUGUGAGAGAUCCUGUGAUAUAUUGUGGAUUUUGAGAUCACAAGUAAGGCGCGGGAAUGAUGAUGUCCACUUCGCAUCUCAGACCAUCGCAGAACAGUCCGAUACCAAUUUCCAGACCGCGAGCUGUUUACUCCAUUGAUCAGAUUCUCGGAACGCAUCCGCAUAGAAAAAACAAUGAUCAAGAGAACAUGAUAAAAGGCGACUCGGGAGUGCUGGAGAGGGAUUCACUGUCCAGUGGACAGGACAAUGAGGAGGAUUUGCCCAUCAUGAGCGACUUGGAUGGCCCGGAUCACGAUCCGAAUGAUCUCAAUGGACGCCCGAGGAAAAUUCGAAGAUCCAGGACAACAUUCACUACUUAUCAGCUCCACCAGCUGGAGAGAGCCUUCGAGAAAACGCAGUAUCCGGACGUCUUCACGCGCGAGGAGCUCGCAAUGCGACUGGAUCUGAGCGAGGCUCGUGUCCAGGUUUGGUUUCAAAAUCGCCGUGCCAAGUGGAGAAAGAGAGAGAAAGCCAUGGGCCGAGAUACAUCGGGCUUUUUGCAUCACGAACAAGGACUUCCCGAAUUUCCACUUCCAAUUCCGCUGCCGCACAAUCUGGCCCACCCAACCCUUCCGUCAGACUUCUGGCCGUCGAAUUUCACCCUCCACCCCUCCCUCAUUGCCCCCAAUCCCACGCUCAUCCACCAGAAUCUCCUGCCCAACUACAAGCUGCCCAACUUCCACGCCAUCCUCACGCAGUACAUGGGCCUCAACAACCUCGGGCUCUUCGGCAGCUACCCGCAGAAUCUGUCCGUGAGCAACGGCCGCCAGAGCCCCAGCAGCCCCAAAGAGAGCCCCACGCGAGAGCCGGAGAAGUAGACUAGUCGCCCAGGAGUAUGUAAAUACCGCGCUUGUGGGGCAGUGAUGAAAACCAACACGAAUUACUUCGACUGCGGUCGAAGACAUUAGCAAUUUAUGGAAUAAUAA